AUGAGUCGAGCUUUUCAUGUCAACCGAUUCCUACCAAACGAAGAGCUCAAGAGAUAUCCGUUUUGCCGCAUAAACCGCGAGUUACCUCAACUGAGAAGACAUUUCAUUGAUUACUACGAUUUGAUUGAAUACAGACACAAAUUGCAGGCAAUUAUCAGUAAGUAUCCCAACAGUGAGUCCAUGUUUUUGUCGGACUGUCGUAUGGAUAGCGAGAUAAUGGAACUGAUUAUCACCGGAUGUCUACAUCUCAAGCGAUUAACGCUGAAUGUGCGAUAUCCUGCGCAAGAAUUGAUGGCAUUUUGUCGCAUAUGUAUUGAGCAAAGAGUAUCGAGGAAUGAGUUCACACUUUAUCUCAAUUCCAGAAACUGUGCGCAAGUUAUCAAUGGGCGUCUGGGUAAUAAUCAUAAUCGCCAUAAGUAUCUCUGUUUCAGCUACGAAUACAACAAUUGA